AUGGCUGGUGAACGUAGUCCAAAACGAUUCGAUUUUCGCCGUAAGGAAGCACGACUUUUGCAACAAAGUCGACAACUUCACAUGGAUGCACUUCGUAUUGAGAAUGAGCUAGUACUAUUGCUUCAACAGGAAUGGUUUCUCAUUCAAGAUUACAAUAUUCAAAUGUUACAGUAUCUUGAGUUACAACUUACCUGCGAGAUUAUGGCAUCGUCGAAAACUCAACGCGAUGAAAAAACAGCGAAAACGUUUAUCGCGAAUGCUAUAAAGGAGAGAAGCUUGAAAUGA